CUGCGCGGCGGUAUUGCUGCUGCUGGCUGUGUUCUCGCUGCUGCUGGGAGCCCGGACGGAGCGGGGCGGCUGCUGGGGCGAGGAUGGAGAGAGGGGAUGAGGCAUGAGAAGGGAUGUCUGCAGCGCCCCGGGGCUCGCCAGGGACGGCUCCUCUGAGAUAUGAUGAGGCUCCGGACUGGUGCUCUGCACUACUAUGAUUCGCUAUGUGCUGGCUUGGAUAGCAAGUGUCAUCAGCGCCGGAGGACUCUAUGUUCAAGGUGUGGGGGCCUCACGGGAGGAGCCGCAGUUCGUGACGGCACGUGCAGGAGAGAGUGUCAUUCUGGGGUGCAAUGUGAUACAUCCGCUUACUACGCAGCCUCCUCCCUACGUUGUUGAAUGGUUUAAGUUUGGCGUACCCAUUCCCAUCUUCAUCAAGUUUGGGUUCUAUCCUCCUCACGUGGACCCAGAAUAUGCAGGCCGCGCCACCCUCCAUGACAAGGCAUCGCUGCGCAUUGACCAGGCUCGCUCACAAGAUCAGGGUUGGUACGAGUGCAAAGUGCUGAUGCUGGAGCAGCAAUAUGACACAUUUCACAACGGCAGCUGGGUUCACCUGACAGUGAACGCUCCUCCCACCUUCACGGAAACUCCCCCCCAAUACCUGGAGGUAAAGGAGGGAAGCAGCAUCACGUUAACUUGCACUGCGUUUGGGAACCCUAAACCUACUGUCACGUGGCUACGAGAGGGAGAGUUCCUGGGGGGAACCACAAAAUAUCAGGUAAAUGACGGGAGUUUGACGAUCUCAUCCAUUGGGCGAGAAGACCGAGGCUCUUACACCUGCCGCGCUACCAGUAUUCAGGGAGAAGCUGUUCACAGUACACGGAUUCUAGUACAAGGGUCGCCCUUCAUUGUUUCCCCUCCCGAGAACAUCACAGUUAACAUUUCCCAGGAUGCUCUGUUCACAUGCCAAGCCGAAGCGUAUCCAGGGAACCUCACCUACACCUGGUACUGGCAGGAGGAAAACGUCUUUUUUAGAAAUGACUUAAAGCUAAGGGUCCGGAUUCUGAUUGACGGAACACUGAUCAUAUUCAGAGUCAAACCGGAGGAUGCUGGGAAAUAUACCUGUGUGCCUAGCAACAGCCUCGGACGCUCGCCAUCAGCAUCGGCGUAUCUUGCUGUCCAAUACCCUGCACGAGUAAUCAAUAUGCCACCCGUCAUCUACGUCCCGGUCGGGAUUCAUGGUCACGUCCGCUGCCCUGCGGAUGCCGUGCCGCCUGUCACCUAUGUGAAAUGGAAUAAAGAUGGCCGACCUCUGAGGACUGAUAAGUUAUCGGGCUGGAAACUCUUAGAAGAUGGAUCCAUUCGCAUUGAGGAGGCGACGGAGGAGUUGCUGGGCACUUACACCUGUGUGCCUUACAAUGCACUGGGGACCAUGGGCCAGUCCCCUCCUGCUCGGCUGCUGCUGAAGGACCCGCCCUAUUUCACGGUGCUGCCCGGUUGGGAAUACAGACAGGAAGCCGGGAGGGAGCUGCUGAUUCCUUGUGCUGCUGCUGGAGACCCCUUCCCGGCCAUCUCCUGGAGAAAGGUCGGGAGGCCCUCUACCAGCAAGUACAGUGUGCUGCCCAGCGGCUCCUUACAAUUUAGAUCUCUCAGUAAGGAAGACCACGGGGAAUGGGAAUGUGUGGCUAGCAAUGUUGUGACCAGUAUCACUGCCAGUGCCCACCUCACGGUUAUCGGCACCAGCCCCCAUGCCCCAUCCAAUGUUCGUGUCCUGGUGUCUAUGAACACGGCGAACGUGUCCUGGGAAGUUGGAUACGACGGAGGAUUUGAGCAGACAUUCUCAGUUUGGUAUGGCGCUCUGAUCAAACGGGCUCAGUUUGGGCCUCAUGACUGGAUCUCCAUGCCUGUCACCAUUGGAUCUUCCUUCCUCCUCGUAGACUCUCUGGACCCAGAGACCGAAUACCAGUUCAGUGUUCUCGCACAGAAUAAAUUGGGGACCAGCUCUUUCAGUGAGGUGGUCACGGUGCGGACCUUAGCUUUCCCUCUCACAACCCCUGAGCCUCUCUUGGUUUUGACCUCACCCCGCUGCCUAAUAGCCAAUCGGACUCAGCAAGGUGUGCUCCUUUCCUGGCUCCCGCCAUCCAAUCACAGCUUUCCAUUAGAUCGGUACAUCAUGGAGUUCCGUUUAGCAGAGAGGUGGGAGAUUCUGGAUGACUCCAUAGCAGGAGGCGAAACAGAGAUCUUAGCAAAGGAACUUUCUCAGGACACCUGGUAUGAAUUUCGGGUUCUAGCUGUCAUGCAGGAUCUCAUUAGUGAGCCCAGUAAUAUUGCCGGAGUGUCCAGCACAGAUGUCUUCCCCUCUCCAGAACUUAGCGAUGAAGGUUUCGCUAGGCCGGUGCUUGCUGGGAUUGUUGCCACCAUCUGCUUCCUGGCGGCUGCAGUUUUGUUCAGCACCUUGGCAGCGUGCGUGGUAAACAGGCAGCGAAAACGUAAAUUGAAAAGGAAAAAGGAUCCACCACUGUCUAUUACUCAUUGUCGGAAAAGUAUGGAGUCUCCGUUGUCAUCUGGAAAGGUCAGCCCAGAGAGUGUUCGUACUCUUCGUGCUCCAUCAGAAUCUUCAGAGGAUCAGGGUCCACCAUCCAAGCGGCCGCUGAGUCCUGGGCGUGAGAAAGAGCUGUCAUUGUAUAAGAAAACCAAACGUGCCAUGACCAGCAAGAAAUAUAGUGUCAGCCAGGCUGAAGCAGAGGUGACUACACCAAUUGAGUUAAUCAGCAGGGGUCCAGAUGGUCGUUUUGUGACAGGUGGUCCAGACCAGGAGCCAGCUCUUCGCAGUCGUAGGAUUCAAGGCUUUCCAUUUGCAGAGGAGACUGAUAUGUACCCAGAGUUUAGACAAUCUGAUGAGGAGAAUGAUGAGCCAUCUGGUUUAAAGUCCCAGCUUACCCCGCUAUCAUCCAGUCAAGACUCCCCGCUUCAGCCUCCGGCCUACAGUCCCCGUUUCCAACAUCAACCAUCUGAUGGAAGACAGCAGCCAUCUGGUCAGUCCAGACCUGGCGGAUACCACCAGGGUCACUUGUAUGGCUAUCUUAGCAGCAGUCCUCGGGAUUCAGAUCCACCUCCACCCUUUUAUAUGCCAGAAGUCAGCCCGCUUAGUUCAGUCAUGUCCUCCCCACCGUUGCUUCCUGAGGGAUCUUUCCCACCCAUCCCUGAAGAGAAUGGGGAGAACAGUUCUACCAGUACCCUGCCUCUGACACAUACACCAACUGGGGGACGCUCUCCAGAGCAGUGGGGAGUUCCAGAUUUUCCUUUUGGAGGUUUGGAGGCUCCCCCAUCUCCCUCCAUGUUUGUCCAGCACCGGUAUGAACCUGGAGAGAUGCGGCGUCCUCUGCCUCCACCUCCUCCAGCCCCUUUUCCUCGGGGACGUCCUCCACCCAGCUCCUUGCAGGUUCCAUCAUAUGCUGCCAUCUUGCCUCUAGAACCACAUCCAGGCUGGGGAGGAAGGCUCCCUAGUAGGUGUCCACUUCCUCCUCACCCAACUUCUUGGCAGGAUGCAGCUAUGCAACUGGCUGCUCAGAGCCAGCUCCGGCACACUAGUCAAGGCAUGGGAAUCCCGGUUCUUCCGUACCCAGACAUCUCUGACCCAGGACCCUUUGGGAUGGAUGCCCGUUGGUUUGAAAGCCGGACACGUCCACAGAUGAGCCCCAGACAGCAUCGUAGACUGGAGCCAAGCUUACAUCAGGUGGUGCUACAACCCUCCCGCCUCUCCCCACUGACCCAAAGUCCCCUAAGCUCCAGACAUGGCUCCCCUGAGCUAAGUGUCAGAGCCAGGCCUCGUCCUGGUCUGCUGCCGCCACCUCCAGACUGCUCUGGCAUUGCUCUGCAGCCUCCUGGCUUUUUACACAAAUCACCCCCUUCUUCUGGAUCCCCAGCAAAGAGCAGCCAUGACAGUCCUAGUUACCGUCCCACCCCACCUGAUACCUCCCCCCAUGCAGACGGACGUAGGAGAGAAGAGCGGAUACACGCAGAGACGGCGGUGCUGUGCACUGCAGGGCUUGGGUUAGCUGCUGUACCUGAGAGGUCGGAAGUUGUGAGAGACGACCGCGAAUAUAAGUCCAAAAAAUCUAGCAAGGGCCGAUCUAAAUCCAGGAAGCACUCUGAUGGGUCCACCUCACAGGUCCACCAGCCAACCAUAGCCACGUACACAGACACUCGCUGCAUCCGCAGGAAGAAACGCCCGCCGCGACAAGACCCUCUCUCUCGCCUCUCCGCCCUGAGGGACGAGAUCUGUCACCGUUCACUGUCUGACGAUCGGGCUGCCAUUUUGACCAGCACCGAGCCCGACGACUCCUGCGGUCAUGCCACCCUUCUGUGACCAUCCCCGGAGAGAGGCCCUUGGUUUUCAGGGCCCUUUCUGUCUCUUGGUGCUGACAUUCCCCGCCCUCCCUCGGAAAACAGCUGCACACAAUAGCCUGAGCAGCGAGUUCAUUGCCUACCUCACCAACCCUGUGUGUGUGGAGGACGGGAAACCCAUUGCGCAUGGAGCAAUGUACAGUGUUAAGACUUGUAGAUGUGAGGAUACAUGCGUGGGUCGCAGCUGUGCACUGUGUAUGAAGUGACUGUAGCACAUGUGGCAGCUCUAAGAACAUGUCAGAUGGGUACUUAUGAAGCUACUCAUAUGUCUUGCACAUGUACUAUAUAUAUAUAUAUAUAUAUAUAUAUAUAUAUAUAAUCUCACAUGCAAUGUAUUUAUACUACUGACAAAGGAAUAUUUAUAUGUACGUGAUGCAUUUCAUUCUGUAGGAAUGGAAUGGUUAGAUGGUUCAAUUGGGGAAAUGACCACCACUGGAAGCUCCAUAAAUUUACUUCCCUGUAGUUUGUGCUACCUAACCCUGUGAAUAAGUGUUUCUAUUACGUGUGACUCCAUGCAGCGCCCGCUCUACCCUCUGUUGUUACAGGCAGAAGACACAAUGCCCUACUGAGGAGCUGUCACUGCGGACAGAAAGGGCAUCACUAGCUGUGAGUUCCGGGCUUGGUGACGGGAUACAUGCUAAGCACAUGGAAAGGUAGUACAAGAUACGUCCAAGUAAAUUGUUGGUGUCUUACUUUGCUCGUAUGGAAUUUUUGUAAUCUACGGACAUCAAUAGACAAAAACAAGAUGCUAAAAUGACCGCAUAACGGCCCGUGUGAACUGGGGUGUCACGGAACACCUUCCAUAUGGAGGAUGUAUGUCCUAAGCUUUUACCAUACUUACUGUCACUUCCACAUUGGGAAGUUUGGUCACUCAGAUGGAGAGUGGUAUAGACAGAUGCAGGGUGGUAUAGACAAUUGGAGAGUUGUGCAGGGUAGAGAGUAGUGUAUGGAGAUGGAAAGUGGUAUAGACAGAUGCGGCGUGGUAUAGACAAUUGGAGAGUUGUACAGGGUGGAGAGUAAUGUAGACAGAUGGAGAGUGGUAUAGACAGAUGCAGGGUGGUAUAGACAAUUGGAGAGCUGUACAGGGUGGAGAGUAAUGUAGAGAGAUGGAGAGUGGUAUAGACAGAUGCAGGGUGGUAUAGACAAUUGGAUAGUUGUACAGGGUGGAGAGUAGUGUAUGGAGAUGGAAAGUGGUAUAGACAGUUGGAGAGCUGUACAGGGUGGAGAGUAGUUUAGACAGAUGGAGAGUGGUAUAGACAAUUGGAGAGUUGUACAGGGUGGAGAGUAAUGUAGACAGAGGGAGAGUGGUAUAGACAAUUGGAGAGUUGUACAGGGUGGAGAGUAAUGUAGACAAAUAGAGAGUGGUAUAGACAGAUGCAGGGUGGUAUAGACAAUUGGAGAGUUGUACAGGGUGGAGAGUAAUGUAGACAAAUAGAGAGUGGUAUAGACAGAUGCAGGGUGGUAUAGAUAAUUGGAGAGUUGUACAGGGUGGAAAGUAAUGUAUGGAGAUGGAGAGUGGUAUAGACAGAUACAGGGUAGUAUAGACAAUUGGAGAGUUGUACAGGGUGGAGAGUAAUGUAUGGUGAUGGAAAGUGGUAUAGACAGAUGCAGGGUGGUAUAGACAAUUGGAGAGCUGUACAGGGUGGAGAGCAAUGCAGACAGAUGGAGAGUGGUAUAGACAAUUGGAGAGUUGUACAGGGGGGAGAGUAAUGUAGACAGAUGGAGAGUGGUAUAGACAGAUGCAGGGUGGUAUAGAUAUUUGGAGAGUUGGACAGGGUGGAGAGUAAUGUAUGGAGAUGGCAAGUGGUUUAAACAAUUGGAGAGUUGUACAAGGUGGAAAGCAAUUUAGAAGGCACAUGGGUAAUUUAUUGGAGCAGUGAAGGAGAGUAAUGUGCAGGGCAGGGUGUACUAUACAGGAGUGGGCAGUAAUGCAGAGGGAAGGAAAGACACAUAGAGGGCAAACGAGUAAUCAAAAAGGGUGGAGAGAAUUGUAGUUGGAGAGUGGAAAGUAAUGUACAGCCGUGGCCAAAAGUUUUGCGAAUCAC